AUGGCUCAACUAUCUGACUAUCGUCUUCUCACAUUCGACGUCUACGGCACGCUAGUGGACUGGGAAACCGGCAUCCUGACCGCCUUCCAGCCCACACUGGACCAGACCAACGCGCAAUUCUCGCGCCACCACCUCCUGACCGUCUACCACGAGCUGGAAUAUGCGCAACAGGAGCAGACCCCGGACAUGCCAUACUCCGAGCUUCUGACCACCAUACACCCCACCUGGGCGACGCGUUUGAACCUCCCCGCCCCCUCCCGCGACGAGAGCAUCCGCUUCGGCGAAUCGGUCGGCAACUGGCCCGCCUUCCCGGAUACCGUCGACGCGCUCAAACGUCUCUCGAAGCAUUACAAACUAGUGGUACUCUCCAACGUCGACCGUGGGUCAUUCGCCAAGACGAAUGCUGGGAGUCUCCAGGGGUUCCAAUUCGACCUGAUCAUCACCGCACAGGACGUGGGAAGCUACAAGCCCGACCUGAAGAAUUUCGAGCACAUGCUGCACGCGGUCAAGGAGAAAUUCGGAGUCGAGAAGAGUCAAGUGCUGCAGACGGCGCAGAGUCAGUUCCAUGAUCAUCAUCCCGCACGCAAGGCGGGGAUCAAGUCGGUCUGGAUUGAGAGGCCUGGGGCUACGAUGGGGAACCUGGAGGAGACGGUCUAUGAUUGGAAGUUCGAUACUCUGGGCGAGAUGGCGGAUGCGGUAGCAGUAACCUACACCGCCGAUCAAUUCCACGGCCUCUACCGCGGCGGCAAGCCGCACCACCCGGCAGACUGGGCGCACGUCGUCGAGCGCGCCCGCGCCCACGGCUGCGAGAAGAUGCUCCUCACAACGAUGACCCUAGCCGGCGCAUCCCAUAACCUGGCCAUCGCACGCGAGUACCCGUCGAUGUGCACCAUGACGCUCGGCGUGCACCCCUACCACGCCAGCGAGAUCUACGCCGACGAAGCAGCAGCCCCAACCGCAACCGCAACCCAAGCCCCAAACGAUUAUCUCGCCCGCCUCCGCGAACUAGGCCACACCCUCCUCGCCGCCACGCACCCCUCCCCGCUCGUCGCCUUCGGCGAGAUCGGCCUCGACUACGUGUAUCUCGACCGCGCCGACAAGGCCACCCAGCAGCGCGCGUUCCGCGACCAACUCGACAUCGCGGUGGAACUGCACCUCCCGCUCUUCCUGCAUGUACGGGGCGCAGGGGCGUGCGCGGAUGUCGUCGCGAUCCUGCGGCCGUACUUGGAGCGUCUGCCGGCUGGGAACCGGGGGUUGGUGCAUUCGUUUGCCGGGUCGGCGGAGGAGAUGCGCGUGCUGGUGGGGCUGGGAUUCGGGAUUAGUGUGAAUGGGGUGAGUUUUCGGACGGAAGAGGGCCGCGAGAUGGUGCGGCAGGUGCCGUUGGAGGUGCUGCAGUUGGAGACGGAUGCGCCGUGGUGUGAGAUUGUCGAGGAUGAUGCCAUACGCAAAUUCCUGGAGGGGGCGAGGCCCCUCCCGGCUGCGAGGAAGAGUAAUAAGUUUGUGGCGGGGUUGAUGGUUAAGGGGCGGAAUGAGAGUUGUACGAUGGAGCGUGUGGCGAGGGUCGUGGCCGGGUUGAAGGGGUUGCAGGUGGAGGCUGUUGCGGAGGCGGCGUGGAGGAAUAGUGUGGCAAUGUUUGGGUUGGAGGUGGGGGAGAGCGAGGGGGAAAAGGGGGAAGAUUUGAAGAAUUGA